AUGCCUCUCAGGGUCGGAUACGUUCGCGAGCACUUUUCUUCACCCUUGUUGCAGUAUGCCGAAGUCGACCAGGGGAAGACGUUCACGCUGGUCGAGUGUCCGAGCGGUACGGGGCAGCUCAUCGCGCGCCUCACGAACGACGAGAUCGACGUCGCGAUUGCUCUCACGGACCCCCUCAUUUCCGGGAUCGCGAAGGGAUCCAAGGCGUACAAGCUUAUAGGCAGCUACGUCAACACGCCGCUCAAUUGGGCUGUGAUCACUGGCAAAGAUUCAAAAUACAAAUCCAUCGCCGACCUCAAGGGCACGCCGCUGGGCAUCUCACGUCCCGGUAGUGGCAGUCAGACGAUGGCGAGCGUGAUGGCGCUUCAGCAGGGCUGGGACACGUCCGCCUUGGAGUUCAAGGUGAACAACGACAUCCACGGGUUGAUCGCCUCCGUCAACGACGGCUCGACGAGCGCGUUCAUGUGGGAAUGGUUCACGACGAAGCCCUUCGCAGACGCCGGCGCCGUCCGCUUCAUUGGUUCGGUCCCCACGCCCUGGCCAUCAUGGCUAAUCGCCGCGCACCCCUCGCACACGCGCGCCCCGCCCGACGCGCUCCGCACCUUCCUCAGCGCGCUCUCCGCCCACGUCCGCGCGUUCGACUCAGCAGAGGCGCGCGCCGGCGCCGACGUCGCGUUCAUCACGGACAAGUUCGGGUACCCCGAGGAAGACGUCAAGGCGUGGCUCGAGACCGUCGCGUACCCCGCCGAUUGCGCGGAGAUCCCCAGAAACGUCUUGACGGACACGCUCAAGGUUCUCGAGGCAGCAGGCGUCGUCCAGUCACCCACCGGUGGGCAGUUCGACUUGCAGGACUUUAUCAAUGGCCAGAUCGUUGCUCUGAGCGACGCCUAA